CGCCCCUCCCUCCAGAUCAGCCCCAUCCCACGGAACAUCACUUCACUCCCCUAGAGCUUGGUGUGAUGAUUAACUCUCAGGCCAUUUCCUCUCCCUUCUCUCAAGUCACAGCUCACCUUGUCUCCCAAGACACUUUCUAGGCUCCUACCUUCCUGCCAUCUGAAACCCUUUUAAAAGCUGGAAGUUGUGUUGGAGGAGGAGAUCAGGCCAUGGAGAGAUUUCCCUUCCCCCAGUGUUUGUGUUGCUCUCGGUUUGGGUGCUGUGUAAAUUACCUUUGGCUUCAAAGGGAGAUGCUGCUUCAUGGGGCUCUUUAGGAGUCUGUUACUGUUCAUUCCCUCUGGAUUCUUCUUCUGUUUCUAGCUGCUCUGAUGGCCUCAACUUAAAAUGACAUGUUAAAUGUUUAAUUGAAAUACAUGACACAUUCUUCAGGGGAGUGGAGGUGCUUACAUAGAUUAUUUCUUCCCCCUCCAGAAAAGUUUCCCUUCCCAAUGACGUUAACAUGUGGGAUCCCCAGUAUGGCCUCCUCAUCACCUAAAUAUAAUUCAAACUCCUUGGAGAGCUCGUCAAUUAAAAGGAUCCCAAAAGAUGGAACUAAAUGGGAACAAAAUGAGGAAAUACCGCGUCUACCAGGAGAAACUAGCAUCACAGACAAGGAAGUUAUCUACGUAUGUCCAUUUAAUGGUGCUGUUAAAGGAAGACUGUAUGUUACAAACUACAGACUAUACUUAAGAAGUGUGGAACUAGAUCCAGUUGUGAUAUUAGAUGUUCCUCUGGGUGUAAUUGCAAGGAUUGAGAAAAUGGGUGGAGCUUCAAGUAGAGGAGAAAAUUCCUAUGGACUAGAUAUUACUUGUAAAGAUAUGAGAAAUCUACGGUUUGCACUGAAACAAGAAGGUCACAGCAGAAGAGAUAUAUUUGAAAUCCUUACAAAACAUGCUUUUCCCCAGUCACAUAAUUUGCCUUUUUUUGCAUUUGUAAAUGAAGAAAAGUUUGCUGAAAAUGGUUGGAUGGUUUAUAAUCCGAUGCCUGAAUAUAGGAGACAAGGACUGCCCAAUGAACAGUGGAGAGUAACCUUUAUCAAUGAACAUUAUGGACUAUGUGAUACAUAUCCAUCACUUUUGGUAGUUCCAUAUAAUGCCACAGAUGAUGAUCUCAAGAAAGUUGCUGCUUUUAGGUCCCGAAAUAGAAUUCCAGUCCUGUCAUGGAUUCAUCCAGAGAACCAAGCUGUUGUUAUGCGCUCCAGUCAGCCUCUUGUUGGUAUGAGUGGGAAAAGAAAUAAAGAUGACGAAAGGUAUCUUGAUAUUAUCAGGGAUGCUAAUGGACAGAUCUCAAAACUGACUAUCUAUGAUGCAAGACCCAGUGUAAAUGCAGUAGCUAACAAGGCCACUGGGGGAGGAUAUGAAGGCGAUGAUGCAUAUCCCAAUGCAGAACUCUUCUUCCUAGAUAUUCAUAAUAUUCAUGUCAUGAGGGAAUCUUUAAAAAAGUUGAAGGACAUUGUUUAUCCUAAUGUAGAAGAAUCUCACUGGCUAUCUAGUUUGGAGUCAACUCACUGGUUAGAACAUAUCAAGAUGCUAUUUUCCAAAAGAAUUCAUUUAAAUAAGAGGCAGCAUUUAUCUACUCUACACAAACUUGUCUUGACAGGAGCUAUUCAAGUGGCAGACAAGGUGUCCUCAGGGAAGAGCUCAGUGUUGGUACACUGUAGUGAUGGUUGGGACCGAACAGCACAAUUAACUUCUCUAGCCAUGUUGAUGUUAGACAGCUACUACAGAACAAUUGUGGGUUUUGAAGUUCUGGUACAAAAGGAGUGGAUAAGCUUUGGACACAAAUUUGCAUCGAGAAUAGGCCAUGGUGAUAAAAACCAUGCUGAUGCUGAUAGAUCACCUAUCUUUCUCCAGUUCAUUGAUUGCGUGUGGCAAAUGUCUAAGCAGUUUCCAACAGCUUUUGAAUUCAAUGAACAAUUCUUGAUUACAAUUCUGGACCAUUUGUAUAGCUGCCGAUUUGGUACUUUCUUGUACAACUGUGAAUCUGUUAGAGAAAAAGAGAAAGUGACUGAGAGAACAUUGUCAUUGUGGUCACUGAUAAAUAGUGAAAAAGCAAAGCACACCAAUCCUUUUUAUACUAAAGAACUGAAUCGAGCACUCUAUCCAGUAGCUAGUAUGCGUCACUUGGAACUUUGGGUCAAUUAUUACAUUAGAUGGAAUCCAAGGAUUCGGCAGCAACCAAAUCCCGUGGAGCAGCGUUACAUGGAGCUCCUAGCACUGCGUGAUGACUACAUGAGAAGACUUGAAGAACUACAGAUCACAAAUAAUUCUAAGAUUUCCAAUUCAUCAACCUCAUCAGCAUCUCCCUCACAAAUGAUGUCCCAUGUGCAAACUCAUUUUUGAAGGAAAAAAUGUUUUUCUUUGAACAUUGUAACCAUAAGUGGUGCUUAAUGUAGAUCUAUAGUACAAAAAGGAAUAUCUGAAUGCCUUAUAUUGGACCUCUUCCUAACAUGAAAUUUUUUAGAUUGUCUCCAUAGUUGGAAGACUUGAAAGAACGGUCUCUUCAGUUCAUUUGUGCCUUUCGGAAUCUGUGGACAGGAAACGUUAUCCAAUAUGGGAAGCUUAUAUGGGAUGCUUUAGAAGUGUAUUUUGUAAAAGUUUGAUACAAUUGGAAGUAUGAUUUGAUUAUUUUUUUUUUAGUAUGCAUUAAUUUAUUGCAUCAUUAGGUCCUGAUCCUGCAAAGACAUAACCAUGUGCUUAAUCUUAUGCACUGUGAAUAGAGCCAUUGACUUCAGUGGGGCUUUUCACAGUGUAUAAAUGUAAGGAUGUGUGUAGCCUUAGGGGCCUUAGACUUUUUGAGGCAAAAAUGAGAGUUGUAUUAUCUUCUUGAGCUUUCAAAAGCAAAGUACUCAGAAAUAGAUUUUUUUCUAGUAAACUGAAAACUACUCCAGUUUUUAUUGUUCAAAAUAAUUCCAAAUCUGAGGACUUUAGGUGACAAGAAACUUGUAAUUAACAAUUCAACUUGCUCACUAUGUAUCUGAAAACAAGAUAACUGUAUAGAAAGGCUAACUUUUAUAUGGUAGAUGCAGAUUUUAGAAUAAAUGGAUGAGGAUUGUGGUGGCUUUGGAGCAAAUAAGUUGCAAACUCCUUUUUUUUUUUUUUUUUUUUUAAGUUAGCUGUGGAACACUACAUAUAUUUUUGAUUCUCUGUUCUGUCAGCAAUAUUUUCUGGAUUUUUGCUUUCAUUAUUUUGCCAAAAAAUAAAGAACGGUUCUCAAGAAGACGUAUAUAAAUCUAAAAAAUAGGAUCCACGAAGACAUUGCUUAAAUGUCAAAUAGUAGCAAUAAGCUUAGCUUUUAUAUGUUUUCUAAAACGAAACAUCAUGCCUAUUCAGAGCAGCUUUUAUACCAAAAUAGUUUAAAAUUCUUCAGAUUAUGAGUAAUGAGUUGGGAACCUCUUAAAUGUGUAGCUAGAGCAUUUUAAUCUAUUCCUUUAACAAAUUUAUUCUUUAUCAAGUAUUUAAAGGGAUUUCAGUAUAUAAAAUUUGCAGAUAAUAGAUUGUGCAUUGACUGAAUCUUUCAAAGAACUUGGUUUGAAGUUCAUUUCAGAGGCUUCUAUUGUUACAUUUAUAAUUUGCUCCUUUCAGGUAUUUUUUCAUUAGCGUUACAAGCACUUAAGGCAGCACAAACCUUGCUACUUGAUAUUUUAAUUCAUAUUUGCAUAUACUUGGAAGUUUUAAUGAUUUUCAGGCAAUUGAGUACAUUUUGCAAUAUAGGAUUUGUAAAGGACUGUUCAUAGAUAAUAUAGUUAUUUUAAAGGGAAUGUUUGACACUUGAGGCUUCUACCUUUGUAAAUUAUUGUACAUGUAAGUUUUGAUCUACAAAAUGUAACAGCAAAAUACAAUAGGAUAUGUAUAAAUUAAGUUUGUGUAAGUAUAUAAAAUAUAGUUUAUUAGAAAUUCUCCAGUUUUUGUAAAGUGUAAAUACUUGGGUACAAAAGCUAAAUUUAAAGCAUAGAGUUCCAUAAAAAUCAGAUAGUUUAGAGAACAUUGGAAUAAUUUAGAAAUAGUAUUUUGCAUAGAAAUAAAACACCUCUUAAUUUGAUACAGUAAAUAUUAUGCUAAGAAAAUUGCACUAUUUUUUCAGGGAAAUUGAGAAUACUGCUUGUAUUGUGUGUGUUCUAAGGAAAUAUGGCUUACCUCCACUUAUAUUUGUCCUCUCAAUUUUACUCUCCCCUGAAUCUGUCUUUUAUUAUUCCGCAUAUGUAUGUGGAGCAGCAGCUUUGAGUUCCCCUCCCCCCAAAAUCUUAGCACAUUUAAAAUAAAUUGGGCACAGUACAUCUAAUGAACAAGGAAGCUCAAAUUCAUCUUGGCUACUUAUCCCUAUGGCAGUGUAUAACUUAACAACUUAAAAACUAUGCAGAUUCUGAUGUAAUUGCCUUCUAUUUGUAUAUGGUUUAUAAAAAACUCUUUUUUUUUAUUAGUUUUUGAGAAUUGUAGUAGUUGGAUCCAACACCCCUGUAGAAUCUUUUUCAGCAGUGUGCAGGAGGAGUUAAGAAAAUCUAGUUUUUACUUUGUAAACACUAAAUGAUCAACCUAUCGUUUGGGAAAGUUUAAUACAGUGAAAAGGAUUAAAUGCACUUGUUUCAUUACAUAUAUACAAUUCAUUUAUAUUGCCAAUACAGUUGAUACUGCAUUUUUUAUGUAGCUAGAGCUGAAAUUCAUUCUUUGAAAACCUCUAACUUAGCUUUGUGUUCACUUGGACUCUUUGUCAAGACAAUGAUUUAGAAUAAAACCCUUGUUUUUAA